ACCCGUACUAAAUUCUUCAACUUCAAGAAAGCGACCACCAAGCAGCCACACAGAGAGAGAGAAUUGUCGGUCCAAAAAUCCAAGAAACCAUGAAAACAAUAGUUGUAUCAGCAUCAACAACAUCAUCCUCUGUAAAAUCAAGCACCACCAUCAACACCAACAUGGAAGACGAUCAAUCUGGAACCCCCCGAGACAGCUGUUACUUCCCGGGAUGCCGAAAAGACGCCAAUUGCAACUGCGACAUCUGCUUGGCCAGCAUCAACGCCACACUCGACCUCAUGCCCAAGAGCAUCCAGAGAAGCUCUCACACCAACCGCUCUGCUUCCAAACCCCCAGUUCCCCGGAGCCCCGUUUCGUUCAGUCCGUCCACUACUACGUCGACGCCGCCUGGACCGCCGGGUAUCCACCGCCGGGCCAUGGUGUCUCCGCCACUUAAUUCCACGGCAAGAACGAGUUUUCACGAGAAGAUGAAGAGAGAGAAGAGAGAGAUGGGAUUCGGGUCUUUGCUGAUGAGAUUGAUUGUGGGGCUGAGCUUGAUUUUGGCGGCCGAACAUGGGUGUUCUUGGGUGGUUUCGGAGUUUUUGCAGCCCCAAUUGUCGCCGGAUAUGGUGAGGAAUGUGGGUGAGAAAUCAUGGGUUUUUCAAGAUUUGAAUCAAAGAUUGGAAUUCUUGAAGAAAGAACUACAGGGUGUGGUUGAAGGGGAGGUUUCAAGCUGUAGAUCAAUUGAUUCUUUUUGGGAAAUCAAUAAGGAUGGUUUGCUCCUAAAUUCGCAGUGUACAUUAUACAAAUCUGCAGUGGAGGAGGUGAGCAUUUGGGGAUGGCCUCUGCAGACUGCAGGAUUGCUCACAGCUGAAUUCUCUUCAAGAUCAUUCACUAUCUUAACAGGAAGAAUUACAGAGUGGUCUGAAGGGAAGGUCCGAUAUUCGGUCCGAAGGGGGAACAGUUCUUGGGCACAAGGAAGAUGGAGUGCAUCUGUUGUGCAGUUGAAUCCUAACACAUGGGUGCUCGAAUAUCGGCGCAGUUCGAUAAUGGAGAAUUCAAGAUUGGUUUCAGCAGCACUGGAGUUUGUCAAGUGCAGGUUGUCAAGAGAGUUCAAGAAAUUAAAGCAGGAGUUCUGGCUCUUGUCUGCUUUUGGGGGAAGCAGCAGCCAGUACAGUGAUUUUUCAGAUGACACUAUCAGAAUCCCAACUUGAAGAACAUCCCGUCCAUGGAUUGAUGUUCAGUUUUUUCUUUCUUCACCUUCUCUUAGGAAUAUAUGUAAUUCUCAUUCCUUGUGAGAAGUUUCUGAUACUAUUUUUUAACUGGUGCGUACUAUAGUGUAGCUCUAAAGUUUCUGAUACUAAUGUUGGUUUUGAAUUGUUAAGACUGAAUUAAUUGUACAUGUUGAUUUGAAUUGAUGUAGCAAUUCAUUGAUGAGUUUUGUUGUGCUCUUGCUGUGGCUUUGUGCAGCUAAGCAAAUUCUGAAUCUGCCCCAACUAAUAGAGUU